AUGUGUGUAUGCAAGAAGAAAAGAAAGGGAAAGGGGUUUGCAGACGAUCAUGUUUAUCCUUCACCAACUGUACGCAAUAUGAAAUUGAGUAUACAAAGCAGAGCAGCGAGAACCAUUUGUCCUAGUCCUAAAUUUGAACAAAGUAAGGAAGAACGUAUGGUUAUGACUAUUGGAGAAAUUAUACAAGAACUAUUGAAAGCACACGAUGAAAACAGAGAUAUUGAUUUAAAUAAACUAAAAACACGAAUUGCUUCUAAAUAUGGCUUGGAAACUUCACCAAGAUUGGUUGAUAUUAUAGCAGCUGUUCCUAUUGAUGCAAGAAAUAUAUUAAUACCAAAAUUAAAAGCAAAACCUAUUAGAACAGCCAGUGGGAUUGCUGUUGUGGCUGUAAUGUGUAAACCUCAUAGAUGUCCUCACAUUAAUAUGACAGGAAAUAUUUGUAUAUAUUGUCCUGGUGGACCUGACUCUGAUUUUGAAUACUCUACGCAGUCUUAUACUGGACAUAGUGUAGAUAAAAUUGAAUUUAUUGUUAUGGGAGGUACUUUCAUGUCUCUGCCAGAGGAUUACAGAGAUUACUUUAUUCGAAACUUACACGAUGCUCUCUCUGGUCAUGUAAGCAAUGAUGUUGAUGAAGCAGUCAAAUUUUCUGAACGAAGUCGCACAAAAUGUAUUGGUAUCACUAUAGAAACACGUCCCGAUUAUUGCCUUAAAAAACAUCUUUCCGAUAUGUUACGUUACGGGUGUACUCGUUUAGAGAUUGGAGUUCAAUCUGUAUAUGAAGACAUAGCACGAGAUACAAACAGAGGACACACAGUUCGUGCAAUAUGCGAGAGUUUUCAAUUAUCGAAAGAUGCUGGUUUUAAAGUGAUAGCGCAUAUGAUGCCAGAUUUACCAAAUGUCGAUAUUGAAAGGGAUAUUAAUCAAUUCAUUGAAUUCUUUGAAAACCCUGAUUUCAGAGUAGAUGGUCUGAAGAUUUAUCCAACAUUAGUUAUUCGUGGUACAGGCUUAUAUGAAUUAUGGAAAACUGGAAGAUACAAAAGCUAUCCACCGAGCGUUUUAAUAGAUCUUAUAGCUCGAAUUUUGGCUCUAAUACCGCCUUGGACUCGUGUGUAUCGUGUACAAAGAGAUAUACCUAUGCCUUUAGUCAGCUCGGGCGUAGAGCAUGGAAAUUUACGCGAAUUGGCACUGGCAAGAAUGAAAGAUUUAGGAAUGGAUUGUCGCGAUGUUAGAACUCGAGAAGUUGGCAUUCAAGAAAUACAUCAUAAAGUAAAACCUUAUGAAGUAGAACUUAUACGUCGUGAUUACGUUGCCAAUGGUGGGUGGGAAACAUUUUUGUCUUACGAAGAUCCCACACAAGAUAUUUUAGUUGGUUUGUUGAGGUUAAGAAAAUGUUCAAACGAUACAUUUAGACCAGAACUUAAAGACAAAUGUUCAAUAGUAAGAGAACUUCAUGUAUAUGGUAGUGUCGUUCCAAUAAACGCGCGUGAUCCUACAAAAUUUCAACAUCAAGGAUUCGGAAUGUUACUAAUGGAAGAAGCUGAACGAAUAGCAAGGGAAGAGCAUGGAUCUCACAAAAUUGCUGUUAUAUCAGCAACGUGCAGGUGGAAAGUGAUGCACCGAGUUCGACGACCUCUAGUGUCAUAACACGCCAAUUACGUCACUAUUCGAAAUAUCACCAAAGACCUGUAAGAAUUGUAAAAUAUAGACCGACAACAAAAUGAAAGGACCUUUCAUGGUUCAUUGGCACACGUUGGUAUUCUUAUUGCAUUCCAAUGGCAGAGUAGCUCCGGAUACUGUUACUGUGGCUACUAGCAGCUAA